AUGGCCCUGAGAAGCUGGCGCCGCACGCAGGCGGACCUUGUGUAUGCGGCGAACGCUUUAAGUCUGCACCUGGCGCCGAGGCCCUCGCUUCGCAAGCACGGUGCACCCAUGAUGCAGCUCGACGGCCAGCUCGAUGGCCGUAGCCUGUUCGAUAGCUCGCCAGACCCGUCGGUGAGGGCGGCGCGAUUCGCCGCGCCGGCGGGGCAGCUCCACCCGCUCACCGCCUCGCCAGUGGGGCAGCUCCACCCGCUCACCGCCUCGCCGGAAGUGGUGCGGUUGAAGCAGGACGGCGACGCGGCGGAGGCCGCGCUGCGGCGGCUCAUCGAGGAGCGGCCGCGUGAGGAGGAGGUGUUCAAGGAACAGGUCAAGGCGGCGACGGGCGAGCAGCUGGACGCUCUGCUGGCCAGCCACCUGCAGCAGAGCCAGGCCAGGCAGGCGGAAUACGACGCCGCGCUGGCGGUGCGCGACGGCAAGGUGCGGAAGGCCGCGCUGGCCGAGCAGCUGCUGAUGGCCGAGCGGGACUCACUCGCUAAGCGAGCGCGGGCUGCGGCGACGGAGGAGCGGCUUCGCGACGAGCUGCACGAAUGCGAGGUGGCGGCGCGCGCAGAGGCGGACUGCCGUGCUCGCUUCCUCGCGGCUUGA